AUGACUGCCUCCACAGCAAUCUCUUUCACUACUUCUAAUCGUGGUAAACGCAUGCUGAUACAUUCAGAAUACAUUUAUCGAUUGAAAAAAACAACAACGAAAGUUUAUUAUUGGGUUUGUCAAUCAAGUACUUGCACAGCAAAGAUUCAUACCGAUACCAAUGAUCAAUUUAUUAUAGCCAAAGGAAAACAUCGACAUUUACCUGCACCUGAAUUAAUUGAACUUCGUAAUCUGAGAAAGAAAGUGAAGCAAAGAGUAAUCAGUGAAACGACUUCUGUUCCCAAGAUAUACGAAGAAGAAUUAGCUCGUUCAGAUCUUUCUCCAACUGCUCUUAUUCUUGCACCACUUCCUGCUGAAGCAAAGUCUGUGUUGAAUCGUACUCGUCGAGGUGCAACUCCGCCAAUACCUGCAACAAGUGAUUUUGAUAUUCCUGAUGUUUAUCGACAAACGCUCAAUGGUAAACCGUUCAUCUGCACCGAUAGAUUUAUCAGAAGCAAGAGAAUGAUUUUAUUUGGAACCGAUGAACAGCUUGAAACACUGUUCUCUUCUGAAUGGAUUUUUCUCGAUGGAACGUUUGAUUCGUGUCCAUCACAAUUCAAACAACUAUACACCAUUCAUUGUUUAAAAUUUGAACAAAGUCUUCCGUGCGUGAUAAGUCUAUUGUCGGGGAAGUCUACUGAUGUAUAUGUACAAUUAUUUUCUGAACUUGAAUGUCAUGCUGAAAGAUUAGGUUUGAAAUUUGAACCACGACAUAUCAUGUCAGACUUUGAAAUAUCUUUAUUUAAAGCCGUAAAACAAAAGUUUCCCUCGGCACUACAUCAUGGUUGUUAUUUUCACUUUUGUCAAUCAUUAUUCAAACAAGUUCAGCUGCUUGGUCUAUCGACAUCAUAUCUUGAAGAUGAAAAUAUUCGUUUAUCAUGUCGAAAAGAUGAAUCAUUUGGACAAAUGACAGAUUUCUUCAAGUAUUUUAAAUAUCAAUGGUUAACACGAGUGCCACCAAAAUAUUGGAAUGUAUCAACUCUCGAUUUUCGGACGAACAACUUAUGUGAGGGGUGGCACAAUAAGUUCAAUAAUCGUGUUGAUAAAUUUCAUCCAAAUGUUUGGCGUCUGUUCGAGUGCUUACAACGUGAAGAAUUAUCAUUUCGACAACAACUUGGAAAAAUUAAAUGUGCUAUGCAGAAGAAAUUAAACGAAAAAAGCUGCUUUACUCGAACAGAAGUGAAAAUUCUCACAGAACGUUAUAAACAAAAGAAAACUACUUUGUUGGAUUUUACUCAUGGACUAUCUAUACUGGUAGCUCGAAAUUCUACAGUUGCUCAUUAA